AUGGAAAUCGAUGAACCGUUCGAUACAUUCAAACAAAGACAAAGACGUAGGAUCAUACCCAUGGGACUUUCUUAUGAAGAACACCACCAUGAGUCACUGAAUCGUCAAGAUACUCAUGAACAGAUAUCUCAAAGCAACACAACAAGUGCCAAGCGACCGUCACAGGCUCCUACGAGAAAAGCGAGCGCAAAACGCAUGAAGUCAAAGUCAUUUGAUAGUGAAAGGCUUACUUCAAAACCCUUAAAGCGCCGAUUAUUACGGUUUAGUUCAUUAGGCAUCAGAAGGCCUCCUGCAGCGUCGGUGGGUGCUCAUCAUCGUCCGGAACCAGAGGUAUUAAAUUCAUCUUCACAAGACCAACAACCAAAUGAUGAACAAAUCUCGCAACCUAUACUUCAUCAAGGUUUAAUGCGACACACCGUACCAGUGACUUUAGUACCACACAAAGAACUGAUUCCAAUCUCAAAACUCUCUCUCAGUUCAAAAGAUUAUACUUAUCUACAAACUCUUGCACCACUCGCUUUCUAUCGCGAAGAAAGCCAUAAAUCCAUCUCCAACAAAUCAGCUCCAAGGGGAAGAUUCAAUGCUUUGACGCGUUUGAAAAAAAAUCCCGUGAUCUUGCCAAAGUGUAAGAACGUGCGGCCACGACGUGGAGGCUCAGUCUUGAUGCGAUGUCCAAAGCCACUCAGAUUCAUUGGCGACAGUAAUGUUAAAAAAUCUCAACUUGAAUCAGCCGAUUCUUUGAACAAGAGACAACUUAAAGUCACGUCCAGUCUCACCAGACCAUCGACAAUCCGCGACGAUCAGAUACUUGCAACUUCAACCGCUUCUCCCGUCCAGAUCACCUCACCUGUAAGCCUUGCCAAUAUAAGCACGGAGAUGGAGCAACAAGUGGCCAAGAAUAUAAAACUUCCCGAUGAAUGCAACAAUGUCAAUGGUUGCUCUGUGUCUAUUCCUUCAUCAGAUGAUAUCCCCUUAGCUAGGCAUGUAGAUUUUCAAGUUGAGAGAUCACUCCAACCCACUCCUCGUCAUCUCUCCGAGAUAUCAACACACAAAAACCCAGCUCAAUCCUCCACCCUGGCCGUUCCGCUUUCACUUUCGAACGUAACUUCAAACCAUAGUCAAGUAUCACAAUCUGAACCCAAACCUUCAAAGUUGAACCAUACUCAAUCUUAUUUUGGACAAUUACUUCAUCACUUAAGUGAUAUUUCUUCCGUCCAACAAUUCUUUUCAAACCAUCGUACCUUUACGUCAAAUAAAGCAACAAGUUUGACUGUUCCACCUGAAAAAAAAUGGACCAUCAUCAAAUCAGAAAUCAAGGCGAGAAUCGAUACUGAAGAAUGUCAAAAAAAUUUUGUUUCUGAACCGACCAAGUCUUUCACGAGAGAAAUCAGUCCUUUUCUAGAGAAUUAUCGGCCGAAUGAUACAGUUGAUCAGGUUUCUGGUAUUCCUGAUGCGUUACAUAUUGCUGAACAGAACGAAAUAAGAGAUAUAUCUAUCUUUUCAGAUUCUGAAGUCUCGGAAGAUAAAGUAGAUGGUGCCACCACAUAUAUCACUCCCGAUGCCAGGGUACAUAAAGAUGAUAAGGAUACUGAACGUGUUGCUGAGACUCAAUCUAGUGAUUCCUCAUUACUGCCUAAUCGUCUUCCGAUACUCGAAUCAUCAACACUCGACUCAUCACUAGCUCAACGACCCAAAGCCCAUGAAGUUCAUGAAGAAAACCUUAUCCAAAGCUACACUAGUGUCUCAUCUUCAAAUGGAGAAGAAUCGAAGACGUCUCCUAGUUCGAUCCUUGCACCUGAAACCCCACCUAUAACACCUAGAUAUGAUCCAUCAACUCAUCUUAUGACAAACCCACCAAAUUCGAAUGAUUCAAUAUGGUCAUCUUUAGGAAUAAACUCAAUAUCAUCACCAAGUAAAAAUAAAAAAUUAACCAGAUUAUCUAGUGAUCAAUCUUUAAUUGAUUUUAAGAAUUCAAUAUCAUCCAAAUCUAUGUCUACAAUUUCAAAACAAUCAAUUAAACCUCAUCCUUUUUUAGGUAAGAGAUUAUUCUAUUGA